AUGAUAUUAGAGAUAAUACCAUUAUAUAGUUACAAUUUUUAUAGCACUUUGUUAAUAAUAAAAAAUAUAUUUUAUUCGGACGAGAAACAUGAAGGUGAUAAUGGCGGAAAUAUCUCAAUUGGGGAUGAGGGAAGGAAUAUAAUUGAAACGGACAAAAUAAAAAAUAACAACUUUUUAAAUGAUGAAUAUAAUAAUAGUGAAAAAGAAAAUAAAUACACCAAAUCAUAUAAUUACAAUUAUAUAAAUAACAAAAACAAUUUUUAUGCUGAUAAAAAAAACGAAAAUAUAUAUAUUCUGAUAAAUUGUGGAUGGGAUGAUAACUUUUGUCUUGAUGAUAUUAAAAAUAUUAUAAAAGUUUGUGAAUAUGUAGAUAUAGUAUUUAUAACAAAUCAUGGAUUAAACUACGUUGGAUGUCUCCCAAUUAUAUAUCAAGAAUUUUCAAAGUUGAAUAAAAAAGUUCCUAUAAUAUGUCAUGAAUACACAAAAUCAUAUAGUAGAUAUAUUUUGUUAAGUUAUAUAAAAUGUAUAUAUAACUGUGAAAUUUUAAAAAUAUUUAGUGAAAAGGAAUAUAUUAAUUUAAUAAAUGAUAUAUAUCAAAAUAUUUCUGAAUUAGAAUAUAAAGAAUAUUAUACUUAUAAAAAAAAUAUAUUAUAUGAAAAAGAAUCAAAAAAAAAAAACAGUAUUUUUAUAUUACCAAUUUAUUUUAUUAAUAAUGGUAACAACAUAGGAUCAUCAGGAAUUGUUAUUAAACUGUUUAAUUAUAAAAUUUUAUAUUCCAUAAAUAGUAAUAUAGUUGAUUAUUCUUUUAUUGAAAAGUCUGACAUUAUAAAUCAAUCAAAUAUUUUUACUUUUAUUGGAAAUUUUAUGUAUACAAAUAAAAAUUAUAAUAAAAUGAUAGAAAUACGAAAUAUAAUAAAUAUAGUUAAUCUAACUAUGAACAAUUUGGGUUGUGUCUUUUUUCCUAUAGAUAUUGACAACAUUUUUUUUGAUCUCCUUUUUCACAUAAACGCAUUGAUCGAGUUAAAUUCGCAGCGAUAUGUCAUCCUGUUUCUAUGCCCAUAUGCAGAAAACUUAGUCCGACUUUUGUGUACCUCCAUGUCAUAUAUGAAUAAGCAUAUAAAAAAUAAUUUUCACAAAAAUCGGGUAAACUUAUUCAAAAUAAAAAACUUAAUAUGCUUAAAAGAUUAUAAUGAUUUUAAAAAAUAUGAAGACGGGUAUUAUAUUCUAUUUUCAUUUCCUUCCAAUAUAAACAACGACACAUCGAAAAGAAUUUUGUCAUCUUUCCUUACAAAUAAAAAGAAUGUUUUAAUUUUGACAAAAAAAAAUAAAAAAAAUAAAAAAAAUAAAAACAAUAGCAUUUGCUCUGAUAUAUGCGACCAUUAUUAUAGAAACAAAAAAAGCGAAAAAAACGAAAAAAGCGAAAAAAGCGAAAAAAACGAAAAAAACAACUUUAACUUUUCUUACACAAAAAAUGUAAAAGUAGAUGAUGAUGCUUUAUAUGAAAUUUAUUUAAAAGAAAAAAAUAAUAUUGAAAAUUAUAUUUUGAAAAAUAUAAAUGAAACCAAAAAAAAAAAAAAAAAAAAAAAAGAAAUCCAAGAUAAUAAUGGGCAAGAAAAAAAACAUAAAAAACAAAAUAAAAAUUUGAUAUUUGAGUCAAAUGAAGAAAUGAUAUUCAUAAAAAAAAAAACAAAAAAACAAAAAAAUAAAAAAAAACAAACACAUACUAUAACUCAAACGGGAAACAAUUAUCUUGAUAAUAUCCAAAAAGAUAAAUCAAGCAAUAUGUUUCUAAAAAAAGAAAAUCUUAAGGAAGAAAGCUUUUUCGAAUUUUUUAAAAAAAAAAAAAAAAAAGACAAACAAAAAAAUGUGAAUACUGACCCCUCUGAAAGUAGCGCAAGCACCGAACCGGAAGAAGAAGAAGAAGAAGAAGAAGAAGAAGAAAAUGAAGAAGAUGAAAAUGAAGAAGAUGAAGAUGAUGAUGAAGAUGGUGAUGAUGAUGAAGAUGACGAUGAAGAUGGUGAUGAUGAUGAAGAUGAUGAUGAUGAUGAUGAUGAAGAAGAAGAUGAAGAAGAUGCUGGUAAUGAUGAUGAUGAAAAAUUUGGAGAAAAUUUUGAUUCCUAUAAACAAGCUAAAAGCGAAAUUCGAAUUAAAAGAGAAUUAAAUAGCGAUGAAGAUAAAUAUCUGAACAAAGGACAUAAAUUUUUGUCAAAUAAAAUAAAAGUUGAAAAAAUAAAAGCUGAAAAAAUAAAAGCUGAAAAAAUAAAAGCUGAAAAAAUAAAAGUUGAAAAAAGUGAUUCUGAUAUAAGUAAUAGUUCUCAAAAAGAUGAUGAACAAAACUGGGAAAAUAAAUUUAUAAAAUAUAAUAAUGAAAAAAAAAAACCCAAAAAAUUAUAUACAAAUUUAGUAGGACAUAAUCAAUAUAGUGGCAUGAGUGGCAUGAGUGACAUGAGUAACACCUCAAUAAUAUCCAAAAAAAAUUCAUGGAAAAAUAAAUUACUAAAAUAUUUUAAAACUAUUCCUACAAUCUCAAAAGAAGAAACAGUUUCUAUCCAAAUAAAUUGUAAAAUAAAAAUAUUUGAUAUUGAAUAUAUUAUUAACCAAAAUACAAUAAAAACAAUUUUAUUUUAUCUGAAUCCAAAACAUUUUGUUUUAUUACCAUCUUGUGAUUCAUAUAGUUCAUUUAAUUUUGAAAUGUUAUUUUAUUCUUCUAUAAAAAAUUUAACAAAAAUACAUACAUUUUAUUAUCCUAGUUAUACAGAUACUAUAAAAGAAAAUAUCAAAAAUUUAUUAUAUGAACGUUAUUUUUUUAGAAAUGCAUUAUCAAUAGAUUCUGUUAAAAUACCUCUAAAUUUACCAUAUGAAAAUGUUUAUAUAAAAAAUAUUUAUACUCUUAUUAAUUCUAUGAUUCCAGAAACUAAUAACAUUAACGUAUUCAAAGCCAAAGUUUCUAUCACCCCUUCUAACCAGAGGGACCCUAAUCUCCCCCCCAACCAGCGAAGCAAGCGAUUUAUAAAUGAGCAUAGCACCUUUUGGAACGAAUAUAAAGGAUCUGAAUACACAUUGUCUGUGAUUGAAGAAAAUGAAGAUAUAGAAAAAGUUGGAAUAUUUUCAAAAUCGAUUCAAAAUAAAAGAGAUGAUAAUAAAAUUGAAGAAGAAAAAAAUAAGGAAAAUUCAGACGAAAAUGAUGAAAAAAUAAAAAAAGAUCAAAAUACAAAAUUUUUUAAUUAUUAUAUUAAUGAUGAUGAAAUUGAAAACAAAAGUGAUGGAAGUAGUGAUGAUACUUCUAGUCUAUCUUCACAAAAUGAAGAAGAUUUAUAUAUACAAAAUAAAAUAAAUGAUGAAAAAAAAUUAAAAGGAGAUAUAUAUAUUGGGGAUGUUAGUAUAAAAAAUUUAUUAACAAAUAUAAAUAAAUUCCCUAACAUUGGUCUCAAUUUUGUCAAUGAAAAUCAAAUCAUACUUAAUGGAAAAGCUAGUAUAAAAAAAGAAAAUAUUAUAACUCUAAAUCAAAAUGAAGAAACACAUCUCUCAACAAAUAGUAACAAUACUGUUUGGAGAAUUGAAAGCUCCCUAGACCCCUCCUUUUAUUUUAUAAGGAAUGCUUUGAAAGACUUGCAUAACAACAUGUCUAUAUAG